AUGGAGAGGACACUGCACACAUACACACUUGGCUGGCACUCGACAUUUGGGGCCCGAAAUGACCACACAUAUCUGGCUGACAGCUUCAGGCGCACAGAAUCAAAGAGCUCUUCUUCCCGGCCCUCCUCUUCCCCACACACCCGAGAGCCCAUUCAAAACACAUCCUCCCCCAGCCCCGCCCCAGCCCUGCCCUCAGCAGCACCCCAGCACCCCGAAAGUCCGGGGCCUUGGCGGCGCCCAGCCCGGCCGGUCUCAGGACGCUCUGGGCCGCGGACCCGCCGGGCGCCGCAGCGGCUGGAGCUCCAACCCGUGGUCUCCGGGACCCACAGCGACUCGCGCUCCCCGCAGCCCUCAGCCCGGGGCGCCGGCCGCCCCCGCCCCUCUCCCCGAGCGGCGGCCGCGUCGUACCUGCACACGGUGAUCAGGUUCCCCCUCUCCACCUCGGCGCUGCAGACGCUCAAGCUCUUCUUGACGGUGCGACCCGCCCGCCCCCAAACCUGCGUCCCGGGGCUCUCCCUCCGCGGGCGACCGUUAGGGCGUGGGAGGGACGUCCAGAAGGAGCUUGGUUGGAGGGAGGAUGAGGAAGACUGUGCAGGGAAUUGGCAGCUGGUGCCCCGCACCAGAGCUACACACACACGCACCACCCCCGCCCUCACGAGCGAGAUAGUGGCGGUAGCACCCUUACUUCCCCAGAGAUCUCAACGACCGCGCGACCUCGAACGCGCCUGCACCCAGAACCCGGCCGCGCAAGCCCAAACAGCCACACCUGGCAGCCCCUUGGGCCCCAGUCCCAGCCUCGACCCGGAGGCCCAGGGUCUUGCGCGCGCAGCCCCGCCCGCCCAUCGCCUAUACCCUCAGCUGAAACCAAUCGCAGUGCGCGAGGGGCGUGGCCUGACGCAAGGAGCUUCCCAGCCGAGAAACAAAGAUGAUGAAGACCGAGGAAAUCUUGACUUUGGACUAGCAAGAAGGUUUGCUUUGCCAUUAGAUGAAAAGGCCAGAGAAGGCCGGACCACCAUUGUGAUAGCCCAUCGUUUGUCCACAGUUCACAAUGCCGAUGUCAUUGCUGGUUGUGAUGAUGGAGCCAUUGUGGAGAAAGGCAGUCAUGAUGAACUCAUGAAGGAGAGGCGUUUACUUCAAACUUGUCACAAUAUAAAAGGCAAUGAAAUAGAAUUAGAAAAUGCAGUUGCUGAAUCCAGUGGUGAAGCAGAUGCCUUAGACAUGUCUCCAAAAGAUUUAGGAUCCAGUCUACUAAGAAAAUCCAUUCGCAAGAAUAUCAAGGGACCACAAGGCCAAAACAGAAAGCUUAGUACAAAAGAGAGCUUGGAUGAAAAUGUACCUCCUGUUUCCUUUUGGAGGAUUGUGAAGCUGAAUAUAACCGAAUGGCCUUAUUUUGUGGUUGGCAUAUUUUGUGCCAUUAUAAACGCAGGUCUGCAAUCAGUAUUUUCAGUAACACUUUCAAAGAUGAUAGGGGUUUUUACCAAAGUUGCAGAUCCUGAAACCAAAUGACAGGACGGUGACAUGUUUUCACUCUUGUUUCUAAUCCUUGGAAUUAUUUAUUUCAUUUUUCCUUCAGAUAAAUGUCUACAUUUUCACUUUUGUUCAUUGAAAAAAUGUAUCAUUAUUCAAUUGGGGGAAUUUAUUAAACAUCUCUGUAAUUUGCUUUUUAGAAUUGCUCGUCUAUUCACUGGGCUCUUGGCAGCCAAGUUUCUUUUGGAUGCCUUCUGUUCUCCCUUUAAUGAGCUCAAGGUGAGGGCUCUAAAAAGUGAUGUCAACAUAGGCAAGGCCACCCUGUCUGAAUCUUGUUUCUUCAAUGCUCUAGAAUUCAGACCAAGAGUCUUCUCAACUAUUGUCUACGGCGCCAUGGCCAUGGGGCACGUCAGUUCAUUUGCUCCUGACUAUGCCAAAGCCAAAGUGUCUGCAGCCCACCUCAUCGUGAUCAUUGAAAAGACCCCUCUGAUUGAUAGCUAUAGCACCACAGGCCUAAAGCCGAAUACCAUGGAAGGAAAUCUGACAUUUAAUGAAGUCAUGUUCAACUACCCCACUCGACCAGACAUCCCAGUGCUUCAGGGGCUGAGCCUGGAGGUGAAGAAGGGCCAGACCCUGGCCUUGGUGGGCAGCAGCGGCUGUGGGAAGAGCACGGUGGUCCAGCUCCUGGAGCGGUUCUACGACCCCUUGGCUGGAAAAGUGCUAAUUGAUGGCAAGGAGAUUAAAGAACUGAAUGUCCAGUGGCUCCGAGCACACAUGGGCAUCGUGUCCCAGGAGCCCAUCCUGUUUGACUGCAGCAUUGCUGAGAACAUCGCCUAUGGGGACAACAGCCGGGUCGUGUCUCAGGAGGAGAUUGUGCAGGCGGCCAAGGAGGCCAACAUCCACCCCUUCAUCGAGACACUGCCUGAUAAAUAUAACACCAGAGUGGGAGACAAAGGAACGCAGCUCUCUGAGGGCCAGAAAUAGCGCAUUGCAACUCGUGCCCUUGUCAGACAGCCUCUCAUUUUGCUUCUGGAUGAAGCUACAUCGGCUCUGGAUACACAAAGUGAAAAGGUUGUCCAAGAAGCCCUGGACAAAGCCAGAGAAGGCCGCACCUGCAUCAUGAUCGCUCACCGCCUGUCCACCAUCCAGAACACAGACUUGAUCGUGGUGAUUCAGAAAAGUAAAGUCCGGGAGCAUGGCACACACCAGCAGCUACUGGCACAGAAAGGCAUCUAUUUCUCCAUGGUCAGUGUCCAGGCUGGAGCAAAGCGCUCAUCAACUGUGAUGAUAUGAGCUGUUAUAUACUGUCUAAUAUUUGUGUUAAAAUAUGGCAUUUAGGAGUUCCCAUUGUGGCUAACUGGUAAUGAACACCAGUAGUAUCUAUGAGGACUUGGGUCUGAUCCUUAGCCCGGUUCAGUGGGUAAGGAUCUGGCAUUGCUUCAAGCUGCAG